AUGAAUUUACCGGUUGACUUGCUCAAAGAAAUAUUUGGUCAUUUUGAACAAGACAGACACUCACUGCAUGCUUGUGCACUAGUAAAUCGUACGUGGAAUUCCGUUGUAAUUCCUCUAUUAUGGCGUAAUCCUUUUGGUUUGGCCAAAAUAGAAAAUAUCGAAAGUGCCAAUAUUACUGGCAAUCCCUUGGGAUUAAUGACAGAUAACGCUAAUGAUGUCAAUCAUAACAACGAUAACAUUUUCGAAACAUCUCUCGAGGAUCUUGAAGACCUUCGAAGACGUUUUGACGGGGAUAGUAUCAUGUCGGAUGACGAGGAAGAUGACCUUUGGGUGUCAGAGACAUUUGUUUAUCAAAGUCUUGAACAAAUAAAAAGAGAAAUAAUUAGUACUUAUCUAACUUGCUGUAAUGAUUUUGAAUGGGAAAUUAUUCGGGAUGGUGGAAUUGAUAUGCCACGUUCGUUAGCCAAACCCACCUACGAUUACAUUAAAUUCCUACAAGUGGUCAAUGACGCGGACGUAAUGGAAGCUGCAAGAGCAUGGGCGAAUGGACCGGGAAAUAAUUUUCCAUCAUCAGCUCCUCAACUAAUCACCAGAACUUUAUUGAAAAAAUUCGCACAAGCAGCCAAGAAGCUCAAAUGGGUUUCAAUUCAUCUAAGCCCACCAUGGGAUUCAUCUUUAAGAUUAAUUGAUUUCUUUAGCAGGCAUCAAUUUCGUAUAGUUACAUUAGCAAUCUAUUUCGGUGAAUCUGAAUCCGAAGAUUACGAAAUCGUGAACUCCUGUUUAAAGCAAGUGGCCACAUUAAUUAAAAUGCAAGAUAACCUUGAACGUUUUGUCAUUGAAGGAGUCAAAUACGGCCUACCUUCCAUAAUUGAUGCACUUCGAAAAAAACGUGAUGGUCUUUCUCAUCAUCUAAAGGAAGUUUUGUUUAAUCAGUGCAAAUUUAACAGGGAUGCUUGUCAUGGCAUCAUGAGUUGGCAUUUUUUGGAAGAUUUAUGUUCGUUGAGGUUCGUUAACUGUACGAAUUACGCACCACUUGAUAUGGCUGAUCUAUUGAAAGAGAGUAUGGUCAUGGUUCGUAUGGGUGAUGACAAUUAUUUGGAGUUGGUUGGCUUGAAUGAGCAUACUGUCGCAGACUCUUCCGAGUGA